GGCGGUCGGGAGCGUUGGCUGCACACUGUACCAGCGGACUUGGACUAUUGCUUUGUCUCGGCGGAGUUCGGCGUCGAGGUGUCCCUCUUGCGGCGGUUCGAGGCUCUCUGGGUGGCCGACGGAACCAGGUUCGAGAACUUCGCGGCGGCCUAUGGGACAUUCUUCGGGUGCCCGCGCACUGCGUUCCAGAAGAAGGACUUCCUGCACGCAUACGUUCUCUGGAGCUCUCUAUGCUGGACGGCGGAGGGAAUUUUGCAGGAAAAUCCCAUGUGGCUGGAUGCAGGUGCUGCUGGCGCAGCAGGAGGAGGACACGUGUGGGCCAGCGUUCCGUACUUCGACUGCCGCAUCGGCAACCAGGGCGCUGACAUCGAGGAGUUCUUGGGCCCGUUGCGGAAGUACUGGUACCCCGCCUUCAACGACCAGUGGGUGGCCAGGCAUUCCGAAUAUUGCACGUCCGACUGCACCAAGGUGAUGCUGCUCGAUGGGAGCGCCAAGAAUUACCGAACCGGUUGCCCUGCGGAGAUUGCUCCCCUCGAUUACCACGGCGUGACGGUGCGGAGGAUGUGCGGCAGGCCAGUGCAAGGCCCGUCCGGCUGCGCUGUUCACGGCCAUGUGCCGCGCCCUCCGCCGCGCCAGUCUGGCGGCGGUCGCCGGGGCCAGCGGGAGUGUGCUACACUGAAAGAGCGGCAUCAUCCGACGGCUUCCAACCGGAGCUUUGGGUGCCUGUCCAGUGCUUUCCGAUGCCGCACGUUCGGCCCUUUCUACGAGCUCGCUUACGCGGAGAGCUGCUCGCACGUGUACAUGGCGGAGAACGAACUCAAGUCCCUCAACCCGGAUUUCGCCAUCAGCAUCUACGACGACGGCUGCCACAUGCGAGAUUUCUGGCUGACCCGCCCGUCUCAGGAAUAUCUGUGCCCAGAUUCUUGCUCGGACCUCUACAAGUACAUGCUCAGGGAUGUGCAGCUCUCAGCCCAAGACGCCGCCGCUCUGGGAGCCGCCCUUGAUAGGAACGGCUGCCUCCGCAGAGGCACCACGGUCGGCGGCGUUGACUUGCCCAGGAACGCGACGUUGCAGGCAGCGGGGGGCAAGCGCAUGGACGCUCGCUGCCAUCUCAUCACAGCAUUGAAGGAGGAACCCCUCCCUGUCUGGACCGCGUGGCAGCAAGGGGACGCACGCGUGGUGCUCUCCGUGAACACUAACGCGCAGCGGACUGCGCUCUUGGCUCGCUUCGACCCGCUGCUGCGGCUGAAAGGCCCGCACCCAGUCCGACUUCGAGAUGCCGAGGGGCAGGCCGCGUGGGUGCGGAAGGGCGCCGCGCUCGUAGCCGCGGGCGUCUUUCGCAGGGACGGGCGUGAGGCUGUGCGCCAGGCCUUGACCUCGCAUGAGGCCGUGAGCGGCGUCACCGUGGUGAAGACGUCCAACACUGAGGCUGUGGAGGAGAACUGGCGCUUCAUCAACAGGCACAAGGCGACGCUGCGGCACGCGGGCGCAGAGAUGAACUUCUAUCUUCUGCACCGCAUUGCCCACCUCCUCAACGUCCGCCGCUGGGCGGAUUCCGAGGAAUGA